AUGCUGUGGUCUCUGCUGCUUGUGAUGAUUGGCGCGGCGGCGGGCACGCGGCGGCUUCAGUUCACGAGUCCUAGCCCGAGGCCAGUAGACGUGACAGAGUUCAACUACUGCGUGUACGUGGUCAACGAUGCCGGAGAUACGUCCUACUGCUGCUACAUGCAGCUUGAUGUGCCUAUAAUCGAGAACCCCGCAUGCUUCGAUGGAUGGACCGCGCAGUACCCGGGUGGCUCGGUCGUCCUAAUGUGCGACCCGAACUCAACGGCCUGCGUCACGACGCAAGUGGGCGACCCGAACGAGAUGACGCUUCCACCAACAACAGAACCUCCUACUACGACGGCGCCAUGCUACGCCCGGGCCCAGCGCCUCGACGACACCGGUGGCGACAGCUUCCAGCGUGCCAACACAAGUGCCAAGUCCUACGCCCAAGCCGAGUCCAGCGACGGUAAAGCCCCGGACGCCGAUACCGCUAAAGACAACGUCGAAGCCUCCCGUUACACUUAA